CUCUAUUACUAGAGAGUUGCAUUAGGGAAUGCCUGGUAGAUGCUGCUGCCGAUAAUAGCACAUCAGCAGCACAGCAAUUGAAAGCAUGAAGAGAGUGGAGUCUUAACAGCUGAUUGCAGAAUGAGAGACUGAGGUAGCAGGGGAAGCAGAGCCGAUGCAUGUGACAGAAAAAGAACUGAGAGAGAGCAAGAUAAAGUUAACAGCCUUGGAAACUCUCCUGUCCCAGAAAGCACCGUUAAACUUCUCGAGGAUGGAUAACUUAAACAGCUGAGCUUCAGAACCUCUGGGGACAGUUUAUUCUUGCAAAGCAAAAAUGGAAUCUUGAAAGUUAUUUACAGAAAAAAAUAACAGAAAAUUCUGCCAGGCUGCUUGGUAAUGCUUUACACAGAAUGUCUCUGCACUGUCAUUUGUGAAGCAUUAAAACAGCUAACAAUGCAGAAAGAUCUCUAAAGAGCCUUCGGAUGUGUUUCUGCAUUUCAGCUUGUGGUUGGCCAGAUUGAUGAAGCUUUUUUCCCGCCCCCCCGCACACACAAAAACAACUACAGAGAACCUCGGAGGUGUGUUUUUGUCCGUCUUUAAUACUGAGACAUGGUAGAGAGUGAAGCCAAAACCUCCGCAACAUCUCAAAACCAUGGAGAAGUCAAGUAGCGAGGAUUCUUCGAUUCGGCGCAGUCCUUCUGUGGACAGCAGGGACUCGGACUUUGGAAGAGCAUCCACCUCGGGCAGGGAGUUUGGGGGACGUGGUUUUACAGCCGGCGCUUUCUACGGCUCCACCGGCUCGCGUGCGCAGAGCCAUGCUGGAGGAGCUGCUGGUGCAAAGACCAAUAAAUACAGUGCGCCCAAAGGCAGCAAAUAUGUUGUCUUUUACCUGGAUCUAUCCUUUGUGUUCCUUUUAGAAUUCAAGAAGUGCAACAUGGCAAGGGGCUGUCUCUGCUGUUUGAAAUACAUGAUGUUCCUCUUCAACCUCAUCUUCUGGCUGUGUGGCUGUGGGCUGCUGGGAGUAGGAAUAUGGCUGUCAGUGUCACAGGGCAGUUUCGCCACCUUCUCGCCCUCUUUUCCCUCGCUUUCCGCCGCCAAUCUGGUCAUCGCCAUUGGCUCCAUCGUCAUGGUGACCGGGUUUUUGGGAUGCCUGGGUGCCAUAAAGGAAAACAAGUGCCUCCUUUUGAGUUUUUUCAUUGUUUUGCUGAUCAUCCUCCUGGCAGAGCUGAUAUUGCUGAUUUUGUUCUUCGUUUAUAUGGACAAGGUGAGCGAGAACGCAAAGAAGGACUUAAAAGAGGGACUUUCUCUGUACAACACAGAAAACAACGUUGGUUUGAAAAAUGCAUGGAACAUCAUUCAGGCAGAGUGGAAAUGCUGUGGAGUGACAAGCUACACUGACUGGCAUGAAGCUCUGCAGGCCCCGAUGGUGCCAGACCGCUGCUGUCAGGAACACUACCAAGACUGUGGGCGCAACUCCACCAACAUGUUCUGGCAACGGGGCUGCUAUGAGAAGGUGGAAGAAUGGCUGGAUGAUAACAAACAUCUUUUGGGCACUAUUGGGAUGUGCAUCUUAGUAGUACAGAUUCUUGGCAUGGCCUUCUCCAUGACUUUGUUCCAGCAGAUCCAUAGAACUGGUAAAAAGUAUGAUGCCUAGCACACCUGCGCACAGAGUAUCCUUGUUGUCACAAGGUCCAGAGGACAACCAAGCAUAGCCCAGCUUCUCUUCCUACACCUCUUGCCAGGCACCAAAUGUCCCCAUUAUUAUACAGAUUACAGGUCAAUUUCUACUGUUUUGUAUUUGCAUUUACAGUUUAUUUGCCAAAGAGCUGAACUGAAAUAGGGUCUGAAAGAAAGAGGGCAUGGACUAUUGACAAUGAACUCUACAUGGCUAUCUUUUCCUGUUUCAUUUUUGUGGCUGUUAUUUUUCUUUUGCCUGACUAACAGUGUUAAGAAAGGAAAAAAAGGAAUGG